AGCUAGGACUCUCCUGAAAUUGUAGGAAGUUGAAAGAAUUAAGAAAGAAACUAUACAGAGUCCCUUUUUCCAUAAAAGCAAAAAGCCAAUAACGAUGAACGCAAUGGAUUUGGAUCCUGAGCCAGAUAUCCUCACACACUGGUGCACCGAUCUCUACAAUCUCCCUAUGCCCUCAAUCUCACCUUUCCUCUACACAAUCCCCACCGCCACCUCACUCUCCUCCUCCUCCUCCUCCUCCUCCUCCUCCUCACCACCGUCCACAUCCGGUGGUGCUGCUGAUGACAUGGCAUCUUCGAUAAGAUCCGUGGAAGAAAUCCUCUCCUACAGGUUCAAAGACAAGUCGCUACUAAAAGAAGCACUCACUCACUCCUCUUAUAACAACGGCGAGUCGUUCAAGUCCUACCAGCGCCUCGAGUUUGUCGGCGACGCCGUGCUCGGGCUCGCUCUCAGCAAUUACGUCUUCUUGGCUUACCCUAACCUCGAGCCUGGACAGCUCUCGUCUCUACGCGCCGCCAAUAUCAGCACCGAGAAACUCGCCCGCGUCGCCGUCCGCCACGGCCUCCACCGCUUUAUCAGACAUCAUGCUGCCCCUCUUCAUGAUAAGAUUAAAGAGUUUGCUGAUGCAGUCAGUCUGGAGGACGAUACAGUUGUAUAUGGCGGAUUAGUAAAAGCCCCAAAGAUUCUUGCUGACAUUGUAGAGUCUGUGGCAGCAGCUAUAUAUGUUGAUCUCAAUCUCGACCUGCAACAAUUAUGGGUGAUCUUUAGGGCUCUCUUGGAACCUAUUGUCACACUUGAAGACUUGCAAAAACAACCACAGCCUGUCACGAUGUUGUUUGAGUUGUGUCAGAAGCAAGGGAAGCAAGUUGACAUUAAGUAUUGGAAGAAUGGGGAAAAGAAUAUUGCGACUGUAUAUGUUGAUGGUAAGUUUAUUGCCUCAGGUUCUUCUGAGAAGAAGGAAACUGCAAAGCUUAAUGCAGCAAAGCAAGCUUUGCUCAAGUUAUCGAAAUCUAUGCCCACUAACUUUGGGAGGUUAGAUUUUUCUUUUGGGCUCAAUAAGUCAUUUGAGAUUGAUGGAGCGAAGCAGAAGUUACAUGAGCUUUGUGGCAAGAAAAAAUGGCCUAAGCCUAUUUACAGCCUUGAGAAGGAUGAGGGUCCACCACACGACAAGAAAUAUGUUUCUUCAGUUCAAAUACCAACAAUAGAUGGUGUUUUAUAUAUGGAGGGAGAUGAAAAGUUCAGAGUAAAGGAAGCACAAAAUUCUGCAGCUUCCUUGAUUAUCCGUGCCUUACAAGAAUCUAAUUAUCUAUGAUGGUGCUCCUUUUUUAGAAUAAUAUCAAUGAAGAACAGUUAGAAUGGUUAGGUUUAGUUUAGAAGAAUAUCAGUGAAGAACAGUAAGAAUGGUUAGGUUAAUGGCUACAGCUAAAAUACAUGGAAUACUUUAUGGUCUUGCAAGUAGACCAUGUGAUGUAGGGUUUAAAUGAAUUAUGUUCACUUGAUUGCUUGGGCAUGAUUGGUUUGUGCCAGUAGAUUUUUAACUAAAAUGUACCUAUUUAACAGUUUAACAAUUAACAUUAACAUUUACAGUAUAAAGUGAAAGUUCCGUAUGUAUCAGCCA